AUGACUACACCUCCACCAAAAGUAUUAGAUUAUUUGAAGAGUUUGAAGAGUAGUUCCCAGAGAUGGGAUGUAUCUACACCACAAGUUUCAAUACCAAAAUUUAACAAUGAGACUAUAAAAUUAGAUAAGAAUUGUGCAUUAAUUUUAAAAAAUCAUUUUAAACCAAAACCUGUGAAAGUUGAGUUGAAGUAUUUACCUCAAGUUAUUGUUGCUGAAAAAUAUUUUAUGAAUGUUCAUGAAACUCCUUCCAAAAAUGAACUGAAAACUUCAAUUUACAAAAAAUUUGAACCUGUUGAAUUACCAGAAAUUGAUGAAACAAGUGGUAAAAAAUUGAUAAAACAACUUAGUGAAGAAAAUAUUGCUUCAACUUAUACUCCAAUACAACUCCCAUCAACUGAAGUGAAACUAGAUGUCAUUAAAGAAAUUAUAUUUGCUGAUGUACCAAUUAUUUUAACAUCCAAAUAUGAAAAAUCACAACCACCAAAGUUUCCAAAAUGGCAAGACGAAAAUAUAAAUUUAUUUGAUUUGAUUCCAGAACAAAUUAAAACUAAACCACCAGUGAUAAUACCAAAAUAUGAAUUAAUACAUCAUGAAUACCAAAAACCGAGUUUUAUGAUCCCACUAAAUCAAAUCAUUACACCAAAAAUGGAACUUAAAAUAAAUCAUCCAAAAUGGGACAUUGAACAAGAUACCCCACAAACAUAUAAUCUUCAUGAAUUAAACCACAUGUUAUUCAAUUUAGAUACAAAUUUUAAAAGUAGAAAAUAUAUGAUUCAAUCAAUAACUUCAUUUAAUCCAGUACAAAAAACAACAUCUCAAAUUUUAUUUGGAUAUUUCCAAAAACUGUUUAAUUUAAAAAAAUGGUAUUUAAAAAGAUAUCAGUUACUGAUUGAAAUGGAAUGGAAACCAUUCACUACCAAAUUAGAAGAUAUUCAAUCGAUAUUUUUAUUUGAAGAAAUUGUAUCAGUUUUCGAACCAUCACCUAAGCAAAAGUCUGGGUUAAGUAAAAUUGAACAAUUGGAUUUGAUUUUGGAACAUCCUAUAAUUUCAGUAGGAGGCGAAGUAUCAUUUGACGCACCACUUUCAACAAUCAAAUUACCUUCAAAUAGUGAAAAAUCAACUGAAACACCCAAAUCUUGUGAUUCAUCAACGAAGUUAGCAAAAAAUCGGGGUGUACUAGCCGAAGUACCUAAAGUAGUCGAAAAACCAACUGAAUCACUCCAAUCUUGUCAAGAGACACCCAAAUUAACCAACUCAGGACCAUUUAAAACACUUCAAAAAACUGAAUCAUCUUUCAAAAAACCAAAUAAUAAGCAAAUUAUAGUCGAAGCAUCAACAUUCAAUGGAGUUGUUAAUACAUCCAAUGAUGGACAAAGUUUUGUUUUCCCAAUUAAUAUAAAAAGACGUGAUCCAUUAACUGAUAUUACCAAUAAAGUGAAACCAUCUAUUGAACAACCAAAUAAAUCUCAAGUACCAACAAAAAAACGUGAUUUAUCAACUAAAGCACUCAAAAAUUCUGAAUCGUCACUUACCAUAGCUGAACCUGCAUUACCUACUAAAGAUGUUGAUUUACCAAAAAAUGUACCACGAAAAUCAACUAAAACUCCUCAUGAACAGUCAGUGGAUUUACCUCAUUUAACCAAUCAAGCAACUUAUCACAAUGACACCGAUGAUUUAGAUCAGUUAGUUGCAAAAAAGAAAAGAAAAUUGAAUAAUCAACCUAUCAUACCUAAUGAAUUAUCAUUUGUUCUGUUUUUAGCACCGCAGCAACCACCACAACCAAAAUCUUCUAUUCCUCCACCGCCAGAACCACAAGAAACAACAUUUUUAACUGAUUCAACCAAGGAAUAUCAAUUUGAAACAAAUCAAUACAUCUUGAUAAAUCAGAAAUUAUGGGACAAACAAUAUUCAUUUGUUAACGCAAUAAAAAGUAAAGUAAAUUUAAUUGAUUGUCAAUUUGUUCAUGAUGUUGACUUAGUUGUGAACUUAAAGACUGGGAUAUAUAUAACUAAGAUUAACUCAUUAAUUCAAAUAAACUUGAAAAAUGAGUUCUUAAUAAUGGAAGAACUAAUCAAGAUGAAACAACAUUUUCAUAAAUUGUAUGUAAUUGCAAUUGGUAAUGAAUCAACUUUAAAAAAUGGUGGUGACAAUUUACAAAAAUUCUUAUUGGUUUGUGCUUCUUUAAAUAUCAAAUUGUUGUUUAUUUCUAAAGAUGAUUUAGAAUUAUGGUGUCUUGAAAUUAUUGAAUUUGAAAAACCUUACCAACCAACAAAACUAAUAGAUGUUGAAGAUUUAAAUUGUAAUUUACUUUGUGAAAUGGGAUUAAAUAAUUUUCAAGCUAAUGAACUAUUAACAAAAUAUAAUUUAAAACAAUUUAUUAAUUUAGUGGUAAAUAAUAAAUCAAAUUUACUUACUGAAAUAAUUUGUAUUGAUUUAUUAAAUAAAUUAAAAUAUAUUUUGAUAGAAGAAUUGAAAUAA